GGCGGCAGUGAUGAGUUGUAGGAGGAGCUGGCUGCUUGGCGGUUCUGAGGAGAGGUGGCUGCUGCUGCUGGUGGCCUCUUUGCAGAUGUCUUGCUGUCAUUGAACCCACUUGAAAGUGCUAGGCGAGCUCAGCCAUCAGUAUGUCCAAGUACAAACUGAUUAUGUUAAGACAUGGAGAGGGCGCUUGGAAUAAAGAGAAUCGGUUUUGUAGCUGGGUGGAUCAGAAACUUAACAGUGAAGGAAUGGAGGAAGCUCGGAACUGUGGGAAGCAACUCAAAGCACUAAACUUUGAGUUUGAUCUCGUAUUCACGUCCAUCCUUAAUCGGUCCAUCCACACAGCCUGGCUGAUCCUGGAAGAGCUGGGGCAGGAAUGGGUUCCGGUGGAAAGCUCGUGGCGUCUGAACGAACGUCACUAUGGAGCUCUGAUCGGUCUCAACAGGGAGCAGAUGGCUUUGAAUCACGGUGAAGAACAAGUGAGGCUCUGGAGGAGAAGUUACAAUGUGACCCCACCACCCAUUGACGAAUCUCACCCUUACUACCAUGAAAUCUACAGUGACCGGAGGUAUAAAGUGUGCGAUGUACCUGUCGAUCAGCUGCCACGAUCUGAAAGCUUAAAGGAUGUUCUGGAGAGACUCCUACCCUUUUGGAAUGAAAGGAUUGCUCCUGAAGUCUUAAGUGGCAAAACCAUUCUGAUAUCUGCUCAUGGAAAUAGCAGUAGGGCUCUCCUGAAACAUCUGGAAGGUAUCUCCGACGAAGACAUUAUCAACAUUACUCUUCCCACUGGAGUGCCCAUUCUCCUGGAACUGGAUGAGAACCUGCAUGCUGUUGGGCCUCACCAGUUCCUGGGCGACCAAGAGGCUAUCCAAGCCGCCAUUAAGAAAGUAGAGGAUCAAGGAAAAGUGAAAAAACGAGUUGAAAAAUGAAAGCUUUCCCAUUUACUUGCUAGGAAUAGCUGCAAAGGAAGUGGCAUGCAGUAUUUUGUGGGUGCUGAUCUCCCUCUCUUUUUUUUCCCCUGAUUUUUCCAGAACUAGUCAAUGGGAUAGAGUUUAUAAGGUAACUCGGUAAAUGUUAUUGCCCAGAUAAAAGAUUUAGGAUGCCUGAGCGCUUUGUCAUAAGUCUGAUGAGAACUCUCUUGCUAGUCCUGUUUGAAUUAGUCAUUCAUGGGGCUAAUUGGUAACCAGUGGGGCUUAAUCAAGGUCCUGAGCGUCUAAGAUGAGAGAGUAACAAGUAGAGGUGAAGUUUAAGGUAUUCAUCAUUUAAUAAAUCAUUAUUGAGUCACUAUUGACAGACACUACUUAUUCCAAUAGGUAGUUCACUUUUAUAUUUACUGAGACUUUCUGGGAUGAUAGUAAGGUAUAUUAGAUAAUAUGCUCUACUUAAGUAUUUAUUACUAGUCUUCUCCUCUAGGAAAAGGGAUGCUUUGCUAGUUAAAACCAGAGGCCCAUUAAAUGGGAGAAAUCACCGAUGGAUUCCUCCAAGAAAGCCAACAACAAACAGUAAGGCACUUUGCCUUGUCUCUAGACCAGAGACAUCCUUUCUUUGACAGUUGGUAGGAUUCCCCUUUGGCUGCUGGGAUUAGCAACGUGUCGACAGCCAUAGCUGUUGAUGUUCUCCUUUUGUUUUGUUGAACUUUAAUCAUUGGUUACUUAAAAUUGCUUAAAACU